GUUCUUCAUCAACUUUCUACACGCGUAAACACAAGCAUGUCGUUUGAGCUGCCGAAGCUGUACAUCAACCCCCAGUUCACCUGGGGACCACCGGAGGAGGAGCUGGUGAUGGACGACGGCGAGUCCUUCGAGCUCUACUCCAAGAUGGACCCGCUGCUGGCGGUCGACUGGUACUCCUUCAAGAAGCAGGAGGACGAGAAAGAGAGCGAGAGCGACGACGAGGCGGCGGCGAACAAGCGCAAGGCCUUCGUGCAGGUCGAGGACAACGCACGCCUCAAUGCGCUGCGCAGUGAGCGGGCGAAGGUGGCACCGACGAACUUCCGCAACAACGCCCGCAACGCGAAGGGCGGCAUGCAGAAUGCGAAGGGCGGCAAGGAUUCCAAGAACACCAACGCUCGCCGCAACAACAUGCGCCGCAAGAUUGCGGAGCUGUCGAACACGUACAACGCCUCUGCCGUGGCAGUGGUGCAGCAGGUGAUCAAGCAGACGGAUAUGACCAAGCUGCGCAUGGCUGCCCUGCCGAAGGUGGUCGAGCUCGGCCUGUACGGCACCCCGCCGGUGUACAACACGGCCAUCGAGUCCGCCACCUGCGCGCGCCCGGUCUCGUUGGACGAGUCGAAGUACGACGACGAAUUCUUCCUGCGCGGCCUCACCACGGAGGAUCCGGAGCUGCGCAAGAUUAUGGGCGAGACCCAGCGCUACCCACUCGUCGUCGUCACCGACGAAAUACUGUCGUUGCUGAUGGUGUGCUCGCGCUCCUCAUACCCGUGGCACAUCCGCGUGCUCAACUACAACAACAUUUGGAUUCUCGUCAAGCGCGAGGACAGCAGCAUCGACAAGCAGUGGGUGAGCGAGACGGCCGGCAACGACAUACGCCCGUCUGAGGCGGCCGACAAUGCGGCGGAGCGGAUCUCCGCCCUCGGCGAGGAGUCGACGAAGGUCUACGACUGCUUCACUCGUGCGGCGUGCACGAAGAGCUACGCGCAGGUGAAGGUCAACAAGAGCCCCUUCAGCCGCAAGCAGCCCCGCAUGUACAGCUAUCGCCGCUACAUCCUGCACGACGGCACGCCGGAGCGUUACGACAUCGUCGUGCGUUGCGAGGUUGAUGCUGUGAUGCCCAAGACAAACGACCGCGUCCGCACCUUUGCGCUGCUGGAGCAGUGCGUGGUGCGAGAGAAGGACUCGUCGUGGCGCCGUGAGGGUCUGCUGAAGAACGCCGCCUCCUUCCUACCCAUUGAGUAUGCGAAUAACGGCUGCAAGAUCGCCCGCUGGACGGCGCUGUCGCUGCUGUCGGAUGCGAAGCUGAUGAAGAUUGGCUUCGUCACGUGUGAGGAGAAGAUGGAGAAGGGCCAGCGCGUCUUCGACCACAAGCAGCACGAGAUCCUCACCGUGCAAACGUACUCGCCGGCGUCGCUUGCCACGCAGUUCGGUAUUGAGGUGUCGAACAUGUGGGCCAUCGUUGACCACAUCCUGCGCCCCUUCAUCGACGGUCAGUCCAUCUGCCCCUCGAUUCUGAUGAAGCCGGGCGACAAGCCCGAGCUCAUCGUCGUGGAGGAGGAAGAUGACGACGACAGCGACGAGGACGACUCGGAUGAGGAGGAAGACGACGACGAGGAAGAGGAGGACAACGAAGAUGCGGAGUAA